UCAAGAGCUUGGCUAUAAAAGGACGCUCUGACUGCAACUCACUCAGCUAACCCGGAGACCGUCCACCAUGAAGCAUCUCCUCUCGUCACUUCUGCGCCCUGCGCUGCUGCUCGGCUACUUGGUAGCUGUUGCACUCUCGGCCCCCACCGAGCAUGUGAGGUGGUGCGUCAAGUCGGCCAAGGAGCACCAGAAGUGUAAGGAUCUGGCCGUCAAGGCGCCAGUCUUCACUUGCGUCGAGAGACCAGACUCUCUGGGAUGCAUCAUGGCCAUUCAUGACGGUACAGCAGACGCAAUCACAUUGGAUGGAGGAGACAUCUACACUGCUGGACGGGAGAACUACAAACUCCAUCCCAUAAUCGCUGAGGAUUACGGUGCCACAUCAGAUAGUUGCUACUUCGCUGUCGCCGUCGUCAAGAAGGGCUCCGGGUUCAACAUCCGAGAUCUGGAAGGGAAGAGGUCCUGCCACACUGGCUUGGGAAAAUCUGCCGGAUGGAACAUCCCCAUCGGAACGCUCAUUAAGAUGGACGUGCUGAAGUGGGGCGGCAUUGAGGACGAGACUCUUGAGUCUGCGGUGAGCAAAUUCUUUUCAACAAGCUGUGCCCCUGGUGCAAUGGCGAACAGCCCACUGUGCAAAGCCUGCAAGGGAGACUGCUCGCGGUCUCACAACGAACCUUACUAUGACUACAGUGGCGCAUUCCAGUGCCUGGUUGAAAAUGCCGGAGAUGUGGCAUUUGUCAAGCAUCUUACUGUACCAGACAACAUGAAGGCUGACUACGAGCUGUUGUGCACGGAUAACACUAGGGCACCCAUUGACAACUACAGAGACUGCCACCUGGCCCGGGUACCCGCUCACGCCGUGGUCACUCGCCAAGACCCGGAGCUGGCAGAAUUGAUCUGGAAAAGCCUCACCGCAGUGCAGGGCUUUGACUUGUUCUCCUCUGAAGCGUACCCACCCGCCAAGAAUCUGAUGUUCAAAGACUCCACUGAAAAGCUGGUCAGGUUGCCUGCCAACACAAACUCCUUCCUAUAUCUCGGUGCCAGCUACUUGAGUAUCGUGCGCUCCCUGAACAAAGAGGUGACUGCAGCCGGAUCAAACGCCAUCACCUGGUGUGCCGUGGGCCAGAAAGAGACUAGGAAAUGCGACAGUUGGGCCAGCAACAGCAUGGUGGAUGGUGAAGACAAGAUUUUAUGCCAGACAGCCCCUUCUGUGGAAGAGUGCAUGAAGAAGAUCAUGCGCAAGGAUGCCGACGCAAUGGCGGUGGAUGGAGGAGAGGUGUACACUGCUGGCCAGUGUGGUCUGGUUCCAGCCAUGGUGGAGCAGUACGAUGAAGCCAAGUGCAGCCAGGCUGGAGCCUCAGCCUCCUCCUAUUACGCGGUCGCUGUGGUGAAGAAGGGCUCUGGGGUGACCUGGGCCAACCUGAGAGGGAAGAAGUCUUGCCACACCGGCUUUGGUAGAACCGCCGGUUGGAACAUUCCCAUGGGUAAAAUCCACAAACAGACCGGCGACUGCGACUUCAGCAAGUUCUUCAGCAGCGGCUGCGCCCCGGGAUCUCCGGCCGGCUCGACGUUCUGCGCUCAGUGCAAAGGCAGCGGCAAAGCCGUGGAUGACAAGUCAAAAUGCGAAGCCAGUUCAGAAGAGCAGUACUACGGCUACGCCGGGGCCUUUAGAUGUCUCGUUGAGGGUGCCGGCGACGUGGCCUUCAUCAAACACACAAUCGUUGCAGAAAACAGUGACGGAAAAGGUGCAGAGUGGGCCAAAGGUGUCUUGAGCAGUGACUACGAGCUGAUUUGCCCCACCAAGGGUCCUGUGCCCAUCACCGACUUUGAGUCUUGCCACCUGGCCAUAACUCCAGCGCACGCUGUGGUGACCCGUCCCGAGACGCGCGAUAACGUUGUCCUCCUUCUGCGAGAUCAGCAGGCCCGGUUCGCCAGAGGCGGCAGCGAUAGUUUUCAACUGUUUGAGUCCGCUCCUGAUAAGAACCUGCUUUUCAAAGACUCCACCAAGUGUCUGCAGGAGGUGCCAAGCGGAACCAAUUUUAAGAAGUUCUUGGGACCAGAUUACGUGGACGCCAUGACCUCACUGAGGCAGUGCAGCGACUCCACUCCAGAUCUGGAGAAACUGUGCACUUCCCACACUUGUCAGACUACAAACUAGAUGGCCCAAACUAAACCCCCCCCCCACCCCCAUUGCAUACUGAUGCCUUAUUGUCCAUUUUCUCUAAUCUCAGCAGCCAUGUAGAAAACAGAUUCUUACCAGAAUCGCUCUUGAGAACAUUUUGCAAACUGUUUUGGUACCUCCUUUGUCAAAUAAAAGCUUUUCCUUGCA